AUGCCAGUUUUUCUAUCCUUACAGGGAACGUUUCACUACGAUUCCAGUCUCUGGAGAAACAAAGAAACCCUUAACCUUGACGGAGGGAAGACUGGGUUCGACUCACAGGAAACCAAACUUCCCUCCUACUGGAACACAUCCUUCUCCAAGAUCUGCCUCGGUAUGAAGAUCGGUCAGCAGAUCAGGUUUAUUGUCAUCAACAAGCAGGCGAACUCUUUGUACUCUCUGAUCGCUGGUGGGCAAUACCACGGCACCUCACUAGGUCGUGACACGUGGAAGUCGCUGAUUGGUUCUGAGGCCUCCUUGCAACAAAAAUGUAACUUGGAAGGGUUUAACGUCAUGAGUCGUUAUAAUCACUCCAAAGCAAGAAUUGGUAUCCUUGGUAACGAACAAGACGACUGCACCACCUGUGACUCUAGGAUCGGUCUUGGUACUGGAGGAUCCCCAGCUGAUAAUUCUAACACAUGUGGAAACGAGGCAAUAGAUUCAGCAGACUACGGCCACAAGCAUAUACAGGCAAUGGGUUAUAUCUUGGUGCAGUAA